AUGCACCAGAAAAGGUACAUUCAAAGCUUUCUCAAGUACCGCAUCAACUUAUGUGACUACUUACGCCACGAGAACAAGCCUGUACUUAGAGCAGUCAAGACAUAUUACAAGUUUCCCUCCUCAUGUCCACUUUUUGGUUAUUACAAGUAUGAGAAUCAGAGGUUCGAAGAUAUGCAACCACCGUUUUUCCCUGGUCCGGACAAUUGGAAGAUAGUUAUGAACAUGACUUCCGAGGGAAUAUCUUUGCUUAAGGAAACGGUCACGUUUCACAUUGAACGCUCCAAGAAAAAACGCGGUCAUUGAAGGUUCUUGUCACAUUUAAUUUCGCCACGUCAUGGAGCGAAACUGUUUUAAGGGUAAGGUGGCGAACAUGGAUCCA